AUGUCGAAGGAAGUCAGCCAGCUUUUGGGCUUCUAUCAUCUCAGCUUCUCGAGUAAGCUAGGUCGUAAGCUUCGGUUUUUAAAGCCGCAAACCCGUGACACUCUCGCCAUCUCAACGUUUCACUGUUGUCUACAACAAAAAAACGCAAUCAAAAUGCCCGGAAUCAUCGAGAAGACAAAGGACGCCGUCAGCAACGCUGCUGAGGCGGUGAAGGACAAAAUGGCCGACCUGACCGGAAUGUCGCACGAGGAUCGGGCCAAGGAUUCGGCCCGCAGUGCCUGGGAGGAGACAAAGGAUAAGGCCUACGACAAGAAGGAGGACCUGAAAGACUGGGCGCACGACAAGGCCCGCGAGGCUGACCGCAAAAUGGACCGCUAC